UCCCGAGAGAAGAGACUCCGGCGAGGUCCUCCGAGCAGCGUUCCUUCGGUUAUACGUGUUCCCUGUGUAGCCACCAGCUCACGAUCAGCGGCCCCAACUUUGGUGUGGAAUAUACAAGCCCAGGCUGGCCUCCGCAGUCCGGCAGGACGCUGGUAGUCACACAUCCACUCAUCCAGCCUCUGGAUCAUCGUCUGACUCGCUCCUCCGUUAACGGGCGAACAUUGUUAAAAACGCGCCAGGAUUAAAUAUACGCGUUGUAUACACUUGAUCGACGCGAAAAUACCUAAUCACGCGGUUCCCUGCACGUCUAAUAUACACAGAUCGUAUAUACAACAUCAUUGUAUCGAACCAUCCUACGCGUGCAACCGCGCGUGCCUGUGUGUGUGUACGUGUGUAUGUGUACGUGCGUGUGUGUGUGUAUACAUACAUAUAUAUAUAUAUGUAUGUAUGUAUAAUGCCUUGUGUCAUCUGUGUACAUUUAUAACUGUCUCUAAACUUGUCCGCGCGUGCGUCGCCGAUCAAUCGAUGUAUAAACACCUCGUCUACGUUAUACCGUACGCUAUACGCAUCGACGUAUCUCGUACAUGCAAUUCCUGCGGUAUGCAUACACGUGGACUAUAGCUACGCGCGUGUGUGUGUGUGUGUUAUUCGUAUAAAAACCGCGCGUGCAUUAUUGUAUAUAUAUAUAUAUAUAUAUACAUAUACGGUUGUAAUGCCUGCAGUGGAAGAAAGGAAUAAAUUAUACCUGUGUUAAAAGUGUCGUUUGAUUUUGAAGGGGUAUAAUCGUCGUAACGACGACGACAACAGCAACAACAACAACAACAACAGCAUCGUUAAUAAAGAUAACAAUAACAAUAAUAAUAAUAAAAGAAACGAGGUAACAAAAAAAGAAAAAAAAAAGGAACUAAACUAUAAUGUUCUUAUUGUUCUUGUUGUUCUUUAUGCCGCAGCAGUACUGUACCUCGUUCAAUUUUGACACGUAAAGAAACAAGAAAAAAUAAAAACAUACAAACAACAAUCUCGCGGCGGGAGUAAUAAUUGUGUUGAAGUGACAUAUGCGUAGAGAGAGAGAGAGAGAUAGAGAGAGGAAAGUUGGAUCUGCAACGCCUCGUGCAAUAUACGCGUAUUAUACAUAUAUACAUGUAUACCAGUAAGCGUGCGGCAGAGUUAUCGCACGCGUGAAACGCGGACAGCUGAUAAUAAUUGGGCCUUACUGCGAAAUUGAACGCGGGGCCGCGAAAGGUGCGCGACGCUAUUGCACUUGAGUGCAGUGCGGCGGCAGCAGCAGCAAGCAGCCUGGAUGAACGAUUAAGAACGGGCCCGGUAUAGCUAAGCGUGAGAGAAGAAACCGCGGAGAUGUGAUCCAGAGACUGGGAGAUAGCCGGUAGUUUGUAGUUCACCUAUCCCACGAACAUGCAGCCUCCCGUCUGCAUCAGCAUCCCAGCCGAGAGGAAUCACACCUUCGAUCUUAACUAAAUGCAACCCAAACGAAUCUCUUCCUCCAACGUGCCAUACAUUCUUCAGCAGCCUGUGAUACAAGACUUGAAACGAAAGAAAGAAAAAGAAAAAAAAAACGAAAAAAUUGUACACCGGACACACGUCUGCGCAGCCUGGUGAUCUGCGGGACGGACGUUUCACUGUAGCCGUAAGAAAAGUAACGACAUAUCGAUGCAGCGGAAAUUUUGUUAACCAACCAUCGAGGCAUCGUCACUCCCUGAAUUAAAUUAUAUACGUAUAGUAUACCCGUUGUACCUGAAGGAGUCGAGGAGAAACGAAGACUUGAGAAUAAAGGAAAUGUCGACGUGCGCGGACGAACCGGACCCGGGCUCCAUCCACAUCCAGGAGGCCUUGUCUCCGGUCGAGGGUCCCGUCUCACCGGCAUCCUCAUCUCUGAGCAACCAUAAUCAAAACGAUAAUGACCAAGUACUGCUAGCGACGAUGCAGCCGGUGAACGUCCUGGACCUUCACGAGCCGUCGCAGCACCCUCUUCACCACAAGUUUCACCGUCACCAUCACCAUCACCAUCAGCAGCAACAGCAGCAUCACCAUCCGCACCACGCGCACCACCAGCAGCACCACCACCACAGCCAUCAUCACCACCAGCACCAGCAGGAUCAGGAUCAGGACACGCGGGGCGAAGAAGACGAUGACCGGGUGACUCCAGAGGCGGCUGGGACGGUAGUAGCGCCGCCAUCGAACCUCGGUGAGCACAAGAUGAUCGACCUGAUAUACAACGACGGUCAGAAGACCGUCAUGUACACCCACGACAAGGAGAUCAUCUACGAGAACGAGGCGGACAGGGUCCAGGUCGUCGAGUAUCCGCCCCCGCCGCCCUCUCCGCCGACGAACUCCAGGUCGCGAGCCGCAGCCCUCCACCUCCAUCACUAUCCUCAGCUGCAGCUCCAGCAGCACGAGGACGCCAUCAUGGCACGUGGCACACCCUGCACUUCCGCUGCCUCUGGAUCAAACUGCGCGACUACAACCACCGUCCUCGUUUUGUCGGAACUCGUUGCCGCCGAUCCCGGAGCCGCGCAGCUCGCCCUUGGCAAUACCGCAUCCCUUCGCGCAGGGAGGAGAAGUCGCGCCGAGGAGGAUUCCGGUGGCGCGGAAGAGGUUCAAGGUCAAGAUCAGAACUUCGGACCCGGUGCAUCUGGGAGUCGAGAGGAGGAGGAAGAUCUCCAGGGUAGAGAGGAGGCGCAGUCGCUCCAGACUGCGGACGGAGAAUCCGCGGAGGAGGACGUGCACAAGAGGGUCGCGGCGGUGCAGGUGCAGGUGCAGGCGAUGGAGGGCGACUGGAGGGCCUACUGCGAGCAUCCCCUGUCCGUGGCGACCGCAGCCAUGCUCAACCUGCAGCAGCAGCAUCAGGUGUCCGCCGUUUCCGGUCACGCGGACGAUCCCGGCGCCUCCUACGUUUACGAGUACUACAAACUCCCGGACAAGACACAGGACGUCAAACUUCCCCCCACCCAUGAACUCUGGUCCACGGGUGUGAUGGGCCAGAAGCUGCUGGUGCAGGAGCCGCAGGGUUCGGGAUCAUCGAACCGCAUGGAGACGGGCCCGGAGUCAUCCGGCAGCGGAGAACUCCACCACUUCCUCCACCAGUACAACCAGUCGCACAGUCCGGGGGUCCAGAGUAUGCCCAGCGGUCUGCCACUGAGUCCGCAGUCGAUGCAGCGGCACGAUUCCGGCCCCGGGGGCGUUUCCGGUGUGAAACGAGAGCCGGAGGACCUGAGCUCGUCGCGGGGCCAGCAGUCCAGCAACAAACGGCACAAGGCCCAGGACAGCCCGACACCGCCGGCCGACCACUCGGCCAUGUACCACCACCAGCACCAGCUCCAGGUCCAGCAAUACGGCAGCCCCUACGACCCCUACUCCUCCUGCAGUCCCAGGUUGCAGUCGGCCGCCUACUCCUCCGGGUCUUCGGGGGGUGCGGGACUCCAGCAGGAGGGAACCGCGGUCUACGUCACAGGAGACACCCUUCCGCCGCUUCCCUCCUCGGGUUCCUCGUCGUUACCGACGACGACCGCGUCCUACACCCGGUACGACGUCGUCCCGAGCUCCUACGCCGUCACCCACACGAUAAGGUCAUCCUCCAGCAGCAGCAAAGCUCUCACCGUCGACCUGCCAAGCCCCGAUUCCGGCAUUGGUGCCGACGCCGUUACUCCGAGGCAGGAUCAUCAUCCGCCACCGACUGCUCUUCAUCAGACGUCCUUCGAUUACACGGAACUCUGUCCCGGAGGUCCUGUCGCCGGGACAGCCGUGGUCCUCGAAAACGGGGCGGUCGUUCAUCACCAGCCCCUUCAACUCCAGCUCCAGCAGGGCCACGGCCAGGUCCAAGUCCAACGGGGUGGGAGCGGAGGACUCGUAGCAUCGGGUGCGAGCAAUCCGAACGCAUCCCAAAAUCCGCCAAGAUCGAGACCUUGGCACGACUUUGGCCGACAAAACGACGCUGACAAGAUUCAGAUACCAAAAAUCUACUCGUCCUACGGUUUCAAAUAUCACCUGGAAGCGCCGAUCAGCACCUCGCAGCGUCGGGAGGACGACCGCAUCACGUACAUCAACAAGGGUCAGUUUUACGGCAUCGCUUUGGACUACAUACCGGAUCCAGACAAGCCGCUCCUCAAGUCCGGUCAGACGGUUAAGAGCGUCGUUAUGCUGAUGUUCCGAGAGGAGAAAAGCCCCGAGGACGAGAUAAAGGCGUGGCAGUUUUGGCACGGCAGACAGCAUUCGGUCAAGCAGCGCAUACUCGACGCUGAUACGAAGAACAGCGUUGGCUUAGUUGGAUGCAUCGAGGAGGUCGCGCACAACGCGAUUGCCGUUUACUGGAACCCGGUUGAAUCUUCUGCCAAGAUAAACGUGGCGGUCCAGUGUCUGAGUACAGACUUUUCGAGUCAAAAGGGCGUGAAAGGUCUGCCUCUCCACAUCCAAGUUGACACGUACGAGGAGCCUCCACCCCAUCCGCACACUCACACGCCUACGCCACCCUCGCAUCGGGGCUACUGUCAGAUAAAAGUGUUCUGCGAUAAGGGUGCGGAGAGGAAAACAAGGGACGAGGAACGGAGAGCGGCAAAGCGGAAGAUGACGGCCACUGGAAGAAAGAAGCUAGACGAGCUCUACCAUUCCGUUACGGAACGCAGCGAGUUCUACUCCAUGGCGGAUCUACAUAAGCCCCCGGUCCUCUUCUCACCACCCGCUGAACACACCAUCGACAAGUUCUCGCCGAUGGAACUGUCCGGAUUUUACGGCGGUGGCGGCGGCGGCACAACCGGCGGAGACACGGACACGUCGUCACUGAGCAACGGAGAAGGUGGCGGAGUAAAAGCGGGGCCGAGCAGUCCGUACCCGACGUGCGUGAGGCCGAGUCUCCCUGCGCUCAAGUUCCACAAUCACUUCCCACCGGACAACCUGACCUCCAUCCACGACAAGAAGGACUCCCUGCUGAUGCAGGUCCAGGAACUCCAGGGCUCGGCGCUCCAGGGGAUGCAGCAGACCGGCCUUGGAACCGGCGUGGCGGUCGGCAACCGGCUUCACCUUCAGCAGCAGCAUCUUCGCGGCAACGAAUCCGAGGAACGCGUUAUGCUCUACGUCCGGCAGGAGUCCGAGGACGUUUACACACCACUCCACGUCGCGCCGCCCUCGGUUCAAGGACUCCUCAAUGCUAUUGAGUCAAAGUACAAAAUUGCAUCCUCGAGUAUUAAUAACCUCUAUCGCAAAAACACAAAGGGAAUUACGGCGAAAAUUGACGACGACAUGGUGCGAUAUUACGUCGACGAAGACCUUUUCCUACUCGAGGUUAGUCACACCUCUGUAUCGAGUAACUCCGACCCGAACUCCGAGCACGAUCCCUCGUCGCCUGGCGACAUCAGGAACGGAGCUGGGGCCGGAUAUGACGUCACUCUCAUCGAGCUUUCGACCCCAGCGGUCCAGCCCUCGGUUCCGGUCUCAGUUCCGGGGUCGUUGUCGCCCCACCCCCACUCCCAGCAUCAGCACCAACAUGGACACCCUCACGAGAGCAACAAUACGUGAGCUAGGAACGAGGAUCGCCGAGUCAAAAGUUCGAGCUUGGUAGUCGGGUGAGGAGAAGAAGAAGGGAAACGAUCGGAUAGAGGUACAGAAUCGAGUAAUGAUUCGUAAUUAUACCGGUACAAUCUCUUGAAACUUGUAAAUUCAACCGCGCAUGCGCGGGUUUUAUCGACUCUUCGCGCAGGCUGGCCAUCCCGAGUUUUCAGCUGUCAACCUCUUUCUGGCGGCGAUGUGGUUCGUACGAAUUUUCGAGGUUAGAAUCUCACGUAAUUAAGGCAGCGAAUCGGAAAAGUUUGGGAAGCAUUUGUUGUUGGGUCGGAAAGUUGAUUCUUCAAAGAACGGUCGGAAUUUAAUACUUACGCGCUUUGAAAAUUUAAACGUACACAUUUUGCGUACGUUGGCACGCCUGCAUCGCGGACAAAAAUAUCGCUUCCGGAAGAUUUUGCCGACCAAUGAGAUUGAAUUACUUGGCGCACGCGCGGUUGAUUUUCAACUUUCAAGAGAUUUUCCCGGUGUGCGUAUAUGUAGGCUCGCAAGGAAAGUGUCUGGUCUUCGGAUCACGGAUCGACCGAAACUUCUAGAACAGUUACUUCGGCUCAAAAUACGAAGCUUCCGAUGUGUAAUUUUGUCAAAUCGCUCCGUUUACGAUGUACAUCAGGUCGUCGAAGAUUCGCAGUUUAAUGAAAAUUAAUAUCGAAGGCAAAAACACGCUUCUUAUCUUGUUAGGUCAGGAAAUCAACCACAGAAAUUCUGGGAAAAUCAAUGAUCCAGAGACAGGAUACACUCCGUGUUAGUUUUAUCACGUUAUCGUUAUGUUUGGGUGAUUGUGGCAGUAGAAUCGAAGUGACCGUUACUCGUGUGCACUUUAAGUGAGAACGAGCCUAUCCCACCAUCUUCUUUUUUUGUUUUUUCUAUUAUUGUACUGUAUACGUAAAGUAACUGCACUGUCUUCCGCUCUCUCGUUAUAAUCGGAUAAUUCUCCCGAGAACUCAUUAUGUACCUAUAACAAUCGCGUCGAUAUCACACGAUUCUUCAUCGUUGUAAAUACUUUCAUGCUAUGUGUUACACCUAUAUACAUUAUUUCGUUAUGUCUACUCUAUACAUCUUAUAUAAACUCCGAGUAUAAUUUUCUCCGUUAAGUCACAAUUCAUUCGCCCAAUUUAAAUCGUCAAACUAUAAAAUGGCCGUUGGUCGUUUUGACAACCAUAUUCAAUACUACUCCGAUGUUCUUAACAAUUACUUAGGCGCUAUAAUAUUGUUCUCAUUAUUUCGUAAAAUUUUUUUAUGGAUGUAGAGUAAAAAUUCCCAACAGCGGACAUCUUCGGGAUUAGAAAUAUUGUCCGUUAUUGAGGAGUGGCCGCUAUUAAGAACAAUAUUAACGUGUAAAUUGUGCUUCUGGAGAUUUUUAGACUGUCCGUUGUAAAAAGGGAUCCUUUGUUGAGAGGUGUCCGUUAAGAAAAGUUUCACUGUAUUCGCGACACAUUAUCAACCAAAAGUGAGUCUCGUCGAAAAUAUUGAAUACUUUAUGAUAUGAUAGAAAUCGGGAAAAAAUCAACCACGGUCAAAGACGAUAAGAAAAUUAAAUUUAAAUAAAAACAGUACCCAAAAGUUAUCAAUAAAUUGUUUAAACAAAACAUUGCUUAAAAAAUCCGCAGGGAAUGUUUUUUUUUUUUUUUUUUGUCAUGUGAAGUUCGUUUAUUUUUUUGAAUACACGUGAAUUGUUAAAAAUUUUCUUAUUAUUUUGAAAUUUCGAAAGGAGAGAUGUAACGCAAUGAGAUUUGAUUUCGGCUUAGCGAACCCACGUACAUCGUUUCAAAACAUGUUUUCUAUUCAUCGUUGAGCCUUUGUACACGUAUAGAGUCAGUUGUGCUCUUCAAUAUAAAUAAAUCAAAUCCAGUCAAGUAAAUCGCAAAAUAAUAAUUGGCAACCACAAAACGAACGACAGCUCAUGUUUCAGCGAAGAUUUCACUAUUUUCCGAAUGUUUGUUCCUUACAAACGAGGUCGAGUCAGAUUCCACAAAAAGUUCGAAAGCUUUGACCCACUAUUCGAUAUGACUUAGCUGAAUAUCGGUACUGCGGGAUUGUUUGGAAAUUGGUAAAAGAUCUGCUAUUUCAGCGUCAAAAUUAUUCAAUAUGGCCGCCGAGAUAGCCGGCAAAGCCAUUAUAAUGAGUAAGCACUUGUUUACCUUACCUGCGUGAUUCACUCUUUUCAUCUUUCGGCGGCGCCAAGCUCUCAAAAUUAUUGUAAUAAUUUAAAAGUAAUAAUAAAAGAAGGAAUAAAAAAAACCGGAAUAUCGUACGUUCGUGACGCGGUGUGUGAAUCAGCUUUAGAGAUCCACGUGUACAUCAACGCUAAAGUUUAUAAAUUUUUACUCGUAACGCAAAGGUAGAUUUACAAUACACGGGCAUCUUCACCAAUCAUAAAUUUUAACAAUGCCGAUUACGCAAUCAAAGAUAAAUUAACAGGGGCCGAUCUUUGUCCACCUGUCGUUUUUGUUUUCUCCAUUAAACCUUAUAACCGAUUGUUAACGUUAAUUUAGAAGCAAAUAAAACAUUUUAGACAACUGAAAGAACUCAUCCAUUAAUCUGGCGUGAUUCGUUCGUGGACGGCAUGCCACGUUACUAUUGAAUAGCAGACAUUGAACUGAUAAAAAACAAUCAACAAUUGAGUGUAAAGUCUACGUGUGAUUGGUUCUAAUUACCGGUAUAAGCUCGUUUCUGUUUUUAUGUAGAUACGGUUGGCUGUUCAAAGUUAAUCUAUAAUAGUCGAAUAAAAACUUGAUUUGCUUACGAAAAAAAAAAAAAAAAAAAAAACAGAAAGUAAUAAUGUACGGGUAACAGUUUGUGGAUAGCAGAGAAGUUGUGUUAUCGCAAAAAAAAUAGACACUUAUAGAGUCAGAAUGAAAAUGAGAAAA